ACCCUUGUCAAAGCGAAGUAUGCCAUUCUGGACUCCAUAUGGCGGAGUCGGAGCCAUGUCUCUCGGCCAUGGUUCCCUGUUAGAGAAACACAGCAAAAACAACACCGUUUCCAAGCUCGCUUGCCCUAGCUAGCUUGAGAAUUGAGAUCCAAUCACACAUCGGCGAUUUCAGCAAUUGGGAACGUUUGGCUCUCAGUCUGAAUUGAAUCGCCGGUGCUUGGGUUCACAGAAGCUGAUGUGGACAGAAGAGUGAAAAGAUGGCAGCUGAAGGAGGUCAUAUGGCUGGAGUGUUGGAAAUUCAUGCAGAAGAUGCUUUAAAACCCGAGAAACAGUUGCCCGACACAAAUUACUUGAGCAAUGGAAAUAUUGCCUUGGAAAAUGGGUUGCCUGAUGUUGACCCAUGUUCGGGUGAUAGUCAUGAUCAGUUGGUUCAAAUGGUUACUGAACUAAAAUUUCAGAAUGAAUUCUUGAAGUGUCAAUUUGAGGAUUUGAAAAAUCUUCAAUUGGAAGAGAUUGUGUCUAACCAACAAACAAUAGCAAGUGAGACAGAUGGUGGAGAGUCCGAAGAUGUGAAAGAACUUCGUGAAAAGAUAGAAUCUUUGGAGAAAGAACUUUUGGAGGAAAAACAGACAAGGGGUGCGGCAGAGGAGGCUUUGAAGCAUCUUACAUCGGCAUACUCAGAGGCAGAUGCAAAAGCCCAAGAGCUCUCUGCAAAGCUUGCUGAAGCUGAACAGAAGCUGGAUCAAGAAAUAAAAGAGCGUGAAGAGAAGUACUCUGAACUUGACUCAAAAUUUAACAGGCUUCACAAACGAGCAAAACAACGCAUACAAGAUGUUCAAAAGGAAAAAGAUGAUCUUGAGGCCCAGUUUCGUGAACUGAGUGAAACAGCUGAGCGAGCAUCAUCCCAACAGUCAGCGUUGCAGCAAGAGCUGGAGCGGACACGACAACAAGCAAAUGAUGCAUUAAAAGCAAUGGAUGCAGAGAGGCAACAAUUAAGGAGUACAAACAAUAAACUCCGAGACACCAUUGAGGAAUUGCGGCGUUCAUUGCAACCAAAAGAGAGCGCUCUUGAGGCUUUGCAACAGUCGCAAUUGGAGAAGGACCAGAUGUUGGAAGAUAUGCGGGGAUUAUUACAAGCUGCGGAUGAAAAAAGGCAAGCUUCACUAGCUGAGCUCUCCGCUAAACAUCAGAGGAAUUUGGAGAGUUUGGAAGCCCAACUUGCUGAUGCAUUAUCUGAUAGAAGCAAAGCAACUGAAACUAUUUCUUCACUACAGGUGCUAGUUGCAGAGAAAGAGUCUAAGAUUGCAGAGAUGGAUGCUGCUUCAACUGGUGAAGCAGCUCGGCUUAGAGCUUCUGUGGAAACUGUAAAGGGAGAGCUUGCUCACCUGAAACAUGAGCAUGAGAAAGAAAAGGAGAGCUUGGAAGCUGCCUCCCGGGCACUUAAAACUAAACUGGAAAUUGCCGAGAGUAAUUGCAUACGCGCAGAAAUUGAAGCAGCUAAAAUGAGAAGUCAACUAGAAUCUGAGGUGUGUGUACAAGCUCAGAUGCUAAAUACUAGAGAUGCUGAGUUAGUGGCUGCCAAGGAGGAGAUCAGCCGCCUUGAAAGUGAGUUUUCUUCCUACAAGAUUCGUGCUCAUGCACUUCUCCAAAAGAAGGAUGCAGACCUAGCUGCAGCUAAGGACUCCGAACAACUUAAAGUUCUUGAGGAAGCACUAAAAGAGGCUGAAAAAGAAAUUUCAUCUGUAUCUGCAGAAAGGGAUAGGGCCCUUCAAGAUCUUCAGGGUGCUUUGGCUAAUCAUGUAAAAGAACUCAAAGAAAGAGAUUUGCUCCUUGACAAUGCCAAGCAGCAGAUUAAGAGCUUAGAAGUAAAGAUUGUUUCUGCUAAUGCUAGCCACCAAUCAGAUAAGGAAGCAUGGGAAAUGAACCUCCAAAAUUUAGAAGAAACAUGGCAACUCAGAUGCGACGCAAUACGGGCUCAAAAUGAAGCAUCCUCUGGCCAGGAUAUACAAAAAGAACUAGAUGAGCUCAAACUACGUUAUAAAAGAUUGAAGGAAGAGCAUGAUUCAUUUCGUGAUCUUGCUGAUAGAAUGAUUGAGGAGAAGGACAAAGAAAUCUCUAAACUUCUUGAUGAUAAGAAGAAUCUUCAUCGAUCUCUGGAAUCAAGACCACCAACUGUUGAUCACAAUAAUAAUUACGACACAGCCACGGAAAAGCAGGAUGCACAGAAUUUAAGCACUACUGCAGCAGAACAGCAGAUUCUGGUUUUAGCAAGGCAGCAAGCUCAGAGAGAGGAAGAGCUAGCUCAGUCGCAACGGCACAUUUUAGCACUUCAAGAGGAAAUUGAGGAGCUUGAACGUGAGAAUCGUCUCCAUAGCCAACAGGAAGCCAUGCUGAAGGCCGAGCUUCGCAAUAUUGAAAGAGCACAGAAGAGGGAUGGGGUAGAUAUGACGUACUUGAAAAAUGUUAUCUUAAAGCUUCUUGAAACAGGUGAAGUGGAGGCUCUAUUACCCGUGAUUGGGAUGCUUCUUCAAUUUAGUCCUCAAGAGAUACUAAAGUGUCAACAAGCAUACCACGCCUCUAGAGAUGUUCCACCAAGCCCAGCAAGCGAUACUUCGGGCUCUGCUCGCUCUCUUUUCUCAAGAUUCUCAUUUUCUUAACAGUGGGUUAAAUAGUCAGUGGAUAAUCUCACUGCAACUCAGCUGCAAUGACGUUGGCCGCUCGCAUGCAGAUAGGGAAGUGCAUGUUUGGCCUCAGUAAAUGCUGUAUUCUUUUUGUGACACUAUAUUGUUGCAUGAUAAGGUUCAGAUAUUGUAAAGAACAAUUAGAAGAGGGAAUGACACACAUCAAAUAUCAAGAGAGGGAGGAGAAAUAUUUUCGGUACUUUAUUUACUCUUUCUGGAAGAAGUGUCAUGAAGCCAGACAAUUUUUAUUUUUUUUCUCACAAUUCAAUGUUUUUCUUUCUUUUCACAAUUCAAUGUAAAGUAUACGUGAGAAUGAUACUAUUGAGAAACAAGGCAAUUCCCAGUGAACUUAUUAAUACAAAUGGGAUAAGGACUCUCUCUCUCUCUCUCUCUCUCUCUCCAUGUAUAGUAUGUAUUGGCCCUAUUGGGUGUCUUUUUAUUUUUUUACUUUAUAUAACGACUCUUUCUUA